CUUGACCAGUAGGAGAUGGCAGCGGUGGCAUCGAUGCGUGUGUCUGGUACGGAAUCAACUCCGAGAUUUUGCGGCGCAGUCGAUUUGUCGAAUCCCACGUGCGUAUUUCUUGGUUCUGCAUCUCGUGCCUCUGCCUCAUCACCAUGUAGCUGUCCCGUGUUCAUGACGUUUGAAUAUUUCGAUAAUCUAUGUACCAACUGCCGAACAAGCAGACACCCCGGUCAUUUCUCGUCUCUGACCUACAGGACAAAGCCUCACGCACCUCGACCACCAUUAACAAUAUCACGUCCUUCAUGGAGACACCUCUGGACCGCGGACAUGCGUUCGAAGCGGAGGAUCUUUGGCGUGAUUCAUGCUUCGCGACCACUAGUAAGCCAGUGGACAGCAUAUUCGGAGAAAUCAAUACCAAGCCAUUGAGUCCGGUAUUGUUUUCGACCGCACCAGACCAGUCACUUUUUGACUUGCAACUACCUUCUAUUGACAACAAUGUGGAAUCGCCCGCAAAGUCUGUCCAUGCUCAAAAGGAGUCUGUUGUCGCAUUCUCAGAUCUCAAAGAUGACAAAGUCGUAGAUACACCAGUGUUUGACAUGGAUCCCGACGAUCUUGAAGUAGUGCCACUCCCGCCGUUUUACACCUGGGAAGCUCGCGCCGGUCUACCUAAUGACGGCACAGCGCAGCCUCACUUUCUGUCUGAAGCUGGACCGGCCACCUUCGAUGCCGCUUACAAUUUCAAGGGCGAACAGGCUAUUUUGUCUCGUGACUAUGCUUUGCAGGCGCUUAAAAGCCUUGUCCUUGGAAGAUCGUCAAGUCUUUUCCAAUGGAGUCACGCAACGCGGGCAUUCCAACAGAUCGCCGGCAAGACGACCCUCUCCGGAACGAGCCUGCCAUGCUCUCAAGAUAUCAUCGACGAACUUUGCGCCGUCGGUACUGCUCUAGUUGUCUUGCGUGACUUUGCUGUGCCUCAUUGUCCACGAAAUACACCAUGUUCAGCUUUGGUUGCACUGCAAAGCUGUCUUUUGCAUAUCCUAGAUGCUAUUGAAGAGGCUAUAUCUGGCCAGCUGACCGAAGCUCGUACGAUCUUACAAUUACAAUAUGCAAUGACUCGACCACGAAACCUUUUACGACUGAUGGUCAGGUUGAGAACGAUCGUCAAAGUCUGCACUACUAAUGAGGCGAUCAUCUCUGUUGUGUCUGACUUUGUGAAUGAAAAUGCAGAGCUGGUCCCGAACUUUUGUCAUAUCCUCCGCAUGGUUCUUUCGCAAGUCAGUAUUCCGUGGCUUGAGCAGUUAGCUUGCGAUAUUGGAUUUCAUAGCUCCACAGACAAUUUGGCUGGGAGACCCAUAGAUGUUGAGAGCCAACAUAUCGAUAUGAGGAAAUUCUCCUUUGUUGAGCCCAGAGAUGCAGAAAUCAUCGAAGCAACAAAAAAAGCUCUCAAUAUCGUUCAAACGCAUGAUCCGAACAACGCUCUGGUGACAUGCGUGUUCGGGCACAAUGAGUCGCCGCACGCCAGCUUCGUUGAUCUGCAUCUCUCUCGUGCGCGCAUCUCUGCCAGAGCUGCGAAGUAUAAAGCUCGCAUGCUAGAAAGUAUCUCACAGCAGCGCCGUCGCCGAGUCGAAUCUGAAAACCCAAGAGCUACAAGCAACCCUUCUACGAGACCAGAUUACAACGGCGAAACAAACGCGCAACCAUGGCAGUUGGCCAACAUCGAUGAGCUUGAGGUUCUAAUGUCCCGAGAGUUAGGAGUUUGCGAAAACGACUCUUCCUCCAUCUUGGGCCGAACAGUGUCCUUGGCCUUGAAGCAGAGCUUUGAUGGCGCUGUGAUACAUGACAUUUUUCAAACGACACCGGCCCCAUUGGAAAGGUUGCGACCAUUCCUCGAGAUACAGCACCGUCUUGUCAGUGGCGUCGUCUUACGGCAAGUAUUCAGAGCACACUGUUUCAUGGAUCAUCUGAAACUCCAUCGCUCCUUCUAUUUGUUCGGCAGUGGCGACUUCGUCGCGGAACUAUCGGCAGCACUUUUCAGCCCUGAACUUCAGUCCGCAGAACGUAAGCGAGGGGCGAUCCCGACUUCCGAACAGAUUGGUUUGAGACUGGGCCACGGAAGCGGAAACAAUUGGCCACCGGCCAGCUCUGAGCUUUGUCUACUUUUGAUGGGUGUUCUCAGCAGAGUUGCCGGCAUGCAAGCGGAACAGAACAGGCAGCAUCGUCUGGGCAGAUUCGACGUGCAAGACGGGCUCAACUUCGCCGUACGCGAGCUACCAGAGGCUGAAAUCGAACAAACUUUAGACAUGCAUUCGAUACACGCACUCGACUUCUUGGGAUUGCAAUACAAUGCGCCGGCGCCAUUGGAUCAGAUCAUCACACCGGAAGCAUCGAAAGAUUAUGAUUCCAUAUUUCGAUUUUUGCUGAUAGCCAUGAGGCUUCUAUAUAUCACAGCAAACCUUGCCAGAAGUCUUGCUGAACCUAAGGGGGAAAUGCAUGAUGAUGGUGCAACACGUCCUCAAGAAGUCAUCAAAUUCACCCAUAUGGCUCACCACCUAGUCACAGUGAUUCUGUCCCAUUUUAUGGACGUAGGAAUUGCCGCGCCAUGGCAAGAUCUCCUCAAUACUAUUCAAAGUUUAGAGCGCGACCUCGAGUGGGAAGAUCAGCGUGGCGAUUACGGCGCCAGGGUUCAUGUCGGACUCGAGUGGCUUCAUCAAACGCAUAUCGCUUGUCUCGUUCGUAUUAGAGGCAGGCUUUUCAUGAGAAACAAGCAGCAGAAAAUACGAGUCGCACUUGAGCAUGCUUUCACAAGUGUCUUGAGCUGCAACCAUGUCUUGCAGGAGGCCGGAGAGAAUCAAGAGCUGGAUUUCUCGGUUGCCCACCAAAACUUCAAGGAUCGCUUCGAGGAUGUUUGCACCGUCUUGCAAGAGAGCGUAGACAAGUCUAUCACCAGCAAUCGCACGGCGGAGAUUGAAGAGAUGGAGGUUCACAGGAUGCUUCUCACUCGACUGAAAUGGCACACAUGAAUUUGGCGCCACAGAGAUGGUUAUCAAUGGUAUUAGGCUUAAUUACUCGCGCUGCAAAUCUCUCGAAAGUAAACCGCCAAUGGUAUCACC